UCGGCGGCGGGAUGGAGAGCGGCGGGUGUUGAGGUUCUCCGGGCUGCUCCUUCGACGGAGACGCGGGGAGCGCAGUGCGUUUUGCGCGGACGGGCCGCUCCCGCUUGCGUUCGCUUUGGGCAGCGACCGGCUCGCAGCGCCGCCCCUCCUGGCACUGCGCGCCGGCACGAGGGCACCCCGUCGGGCAUGGAUUGCAAGCUGGAGGCGCAGCGCAUCGUCAGCAUCUCUCUGGGCAAGAUGUACGGCGCGCGGGGUCAGCGCGGCGGCGUCAAGCUGCACAGGAACCUCCUGGUGUCGCUCGUCUUGCGCAGCGCCCGGCAGGUCUACCUGAGCGAGUUGGAUGGCGCGCAGACGGCGCCUUUCCCGGCUGCUGCUCCGGAGCCGAUGGCGCCUGGUGCGGAUCUACUCCGAGGAGGACCUCCGAGGCUGCCGGUCUUUCAUCCCUCGCCUCCGUUUUUCCUGCAGCCGGCGGCGCUGCCUUCGGAGCGCAGGGCUCCCCCGUCGCCGCGCAACCUCGCGCCGGAUUGGGAAGCUAAUCGUCUGGCGCGGCGCUGCUGCGGCGGCUGUGGCUGCUCUUCUUCGACGGGUGAUGCCGGCAAUCGGCCGGCCGAGGCUCCCUCUCCGCCCUGCUGCCCCAGGAAGAGGGGCGCCGCCGCGCAACGAGGCGAGGGCGCGCCGUCUGGGAGCUCCCCGCUGAAGAAGCCGCGUAGGGAUCGGGAGCCGCAGAACCCGAGGCACCACGGCAGCGGCGGUGGCGGCGACCUGGAGACGGGCAACGUGGCCAGCCUCAUCAGUAUCUUCGGCUCCAGCUUCUCGGGACUGCUCGGCAAAAAGCCCUCGGGAGCCGGCCGGCGCCGGCGGAGGGAAGCCGAGGAAGACGACGACAAGGACGAGGCAUCGGCCGGAGCAGCAGCGGACGCCGAGCCGGGGCCGAUCUGCUGCGACGAGUCCAUGCUGCGCAACCUCAACCCUUGGAGCACGGCCAUCGUGGCUUUCUGAACUUGCCCAUUCCCCCCCCGGUUGCAUAUUAUUGGGACCACGGGGUUGGGGGUGGGGAGAGGUGUGGCUGCACGU